AUGGGCAAGAGAGCGGUGAAGAAGUCGGUGACAGAGUACAAGUGCGAGCGACUCAACCAGAUCGUCAAAGUGGGCGACACAGUGAUGCUGCGCCCGCCCGCGGAGGACACUCCGCCAUACGUGGCGCGCGUGGAGUCCAUCGAGGUGGAGCGCGCGGACACCAAGGUCCGCCUGCGCUGGUUCUACCGCCCGGAGGAAUCCCUGGGCGGGCGGCGCAACUUCCACGGGUCCAAGGAGCUGUUCCUGUCGGACCACUUUGACGUGUGCAGCAUGGACGCGGUGGAGGGCGUGUGCCGCGUGCACUCCUUCAAGAGCUACGUGAAGCUCGCGGCCGUGGAGGCGGAGGAUUACUUCUAUCGGUUCGAGUACAAGGCUGCUACUGGGACUUUCAAGCCGGAUCAUGUCGCUGUGUACUGUGUGUGUGAGAUGCCCUAUAACCCCGACGAUCUCAUGGUGCAGUGCGACAGCUGCAGAGACUGGUUCCACCCCACGUGCAUCCACCUGACGCCAGAGCAGGUGAAGAAGAUGACGCAGUUUGUGUGUGACAAGUGCCUGGCUGAGGGGCAGAUCCUCGCCGGCAAACCACAGCCUCUUCCCGCCACUGAGUCCAGUACACUCACU